AUGUCUGUACAGAUCGAGACACGCAUGACCCCGGCUCUGAACGGCCAAGCGUCUAAUGGGCACGCAGUGAAGGAGAGGAAGGAUAUGUGGGAGAUCCCAUCAUCACUCUGGAAGCCCAUGAUCCACCCUCGAGCCAAGGUGGUUGGCGAGGAGGUCAACAACUACUUCCUCCAGCACUGGAACUUUCCCGAUGACCUUGCGAAAUCAACCUUCCUCAAAACGGGCUUUUCCCGCGUGACCUGCCUCAAUUACCCUCUAGCCAAGGACGACAGGAUUCACUUUGCCUGCCGAUUACUUACCGCCCUUUUCUUGAUCGACGACAUGCUUGAGGAUGUGUCGUUCGUCGAUGGUGAGAAGCUCAACAACAGACUGAUCGAGCUGUCUAGGGGACCGCAGUAUGCCACGCCUGACAGGUCUAUACCUGCCGAAUUUGUCCUUUUCGAUCUGUGGGAGAGCAUGCGCGCGUUUGACCUCGAGCUCGCCAACGAAGUGCUCGAACCAACCUUUCUCUUCAUGCGAUCCCAGACGGACAAGGGCCGGGCCAGCAUCACGGAACUCGGCGAGUACCUGAGAUACCGAGAGAAGGACGUAGGCAAAGCACUGCUGUCGGCGCUGAUGCGCUACUUGAUGGAGCUCCGGCCGACGCCGCAAGAAAUGAUAGCACUCAAACCGCUCGAGGAGAACUGCUCCAAACACGUUUCGAUUGUCAACGACAUCUACAGCUACGACAAGGAGCUUCUGGCCUCCAAGAUGGGCCAUCAGGAGGGCUCCUCCCUCUGUUCCGCCGUCAAGGUGGUGGCAGCUGAAACGGGCCUGAGCGUGGCAGCCACCAAGCGCGUGCUGUGGCAUAUGGUGCGCGAGUGGGAGCUGACCCAUAACGACAUGUGCGCGCGCCUGGGUCCCAGCAGCCAAGCUGUAAGAGAUUACAUCCGCGGGCUGCAGUACCAGAUGAGCGGGAACGAGGUCUGGAGCGCGACAACUCCUCGCUACCCGCAGACCGUACAGCACGUGUGA